AUGGCUGCACAAGUGCCAGAAUCUGAUCAGACAAAACAGUUUCAAGAAUUUCUUGGAACCUACAAUAAACUUAUAGAAACCUGCUUUAUGCACUGUGUUAAAGACUUCAGAGGCCAGCAAAUAUCCAUGAGACUUCAGAAAUAUCAUAUUCAGCACAAUGAAGCCCUGUCAGCCAAAGUAGGACUCCUUGGCCAGCCAAAAUAA